AUGCGAGCGUAUGAUGGCUAUAGUAGAGCGCCGGGGAGUUUAUUGGUCUACUGUUACAAAAGGCUGGCUAAAAGUUGGGCCUUCUAUGUACUCAUCCCUGGGACCUGGGUGGUGGAACACGGUCAAUCUGCAACCGGAGAGCUGGUGAGACACAUAAUAGAAACACACCCUGCGUCCCGGGACACAAUAGUGGAGGUUGAGCGGCAGGACACCAAGAUUUAUAACUCCCUGAGCAAAUAUCUACAAGGCGUCGCCGAGAGGGAAUGGGCGGCUUUGAUCUCGUAUUUGGCGCAUGGGCACUUCUUCUACGGCGGCUUAUGGAGGAACCGGUCACCUGUCGCCGACGCCAAUAUCCGCGGUACCAUGAUUGGGAUCAUUAGCGACGUCAGUGUGCGUGGCCGAGCGCUGUGCUACUGCUCAACCAUGUUCAUCGCGCUGCAGACACGGCACAUUGUGCUGAUGGAUCUCAUCGCCAUAAGCCGCAGUGUUAUUGCAAUCAUCCCGCAUUAUGUCGACGCUGCGGUGCUUUAUGGCGCGGCGAUGCUUAUUAGAGCAACGACGGCCAGGGUCAGGCGGGAUGGGGAAACGGAGGACCCGCGGAGCAUCAUGCAUCGCAUGAGCAAGCCGGGUCGAGUCCUCAAACCCAAUCUUGAUACAAACGAAAAGCUGCUGGAUGUAAAAUAUGGCGUCUUUCUGGGGCAGUGUCGCACGCAGCGAGAGUGCCGACGAAGGGUGGACAAGCCGGUUUUUAGAUGGCAUCGAGGCCGAGAUUGA